CCACGGUAAACGAUUGAGCAAGGGUGACCUAAUUUUUGCUGGAUGCGAGUUGUUUUCUUUUUUAGCCUCUCUUUUGCAAAUAGAUGAUGGGUAAUGGCUUUUGUUGGGUUGAUGGAUUUUUUACAUGAAGAAAGGCCACUGACGUUAUUCAUGGCAGCACGGCCAUGUGGAUGAAAAAAGGAGAGAUGAUUCUGUGGCAACUGUUUAGCGGAAAUUGAUGGCUGUUCCCCUUUUUAGACUUCUGCGACUUGUAUUUUUCUUUUUUUAUUUUUAAUCAUGAAAACAGGGAUUCCAGGAUGUCUUUUUCUCUCUUUUUCCUUUCCUGAGCAUUGUUUCUUGAUUUCAUCCUCACUUGCAACUCAUCAUCAUGACUACGACGACUUGGGCCUUGGCUUCAGAUACAAACAUUAUGCAAUUUCGCAAAAAUAACGACGAUGGCAACAAAGAAAACAUUCAACAGAACGAGAAUCGACAGGGAUCGAUGGAAGAGAACGGUCAUUCACCGGUGAAAGGGUCAGCGGUCUCUCCCACCUACGGAUCACAACUACCACCAUCGUCGUCCCAUCGGUAUUCUUGGGAUUAUCUAUUCCAACGAGACCAUGUAUUGGAAGCCAUUGCUAAGCCAAACGAGACAUCAGCAGAUUACAUUUCCAUAAGAUAUAUGAUCCCACGUCUGUUAGUAAAAGAUGACGUAUUCCUUGCUCAACCUGCCAUCUCUGAACUGUAUCCAGUGUUAUCCAACCAUGUUAGCGAUAAUCAAUCCCAAGCAUCGGCAGAAGUGCCCACCCCCUGUUUAUCCCCCGUUACAUCCCCAUCGGACUUUUUGUGCGACCAUGAACCUCUGUUUGAUGGCAUCGAGGAUCUAAAUGAACCUUUAUCUGUUCCCCUGGAUAAUUCACCAAUCGAAAUCCGACAACAAUGCGAGCUUUCAAAUGAUGUGGAUUGGAAUAAAUUAUUACAUGAUUUCCAUGAAGAGGAGGACCAUGGCAUCCCAACCCCAGCCCCUACCACCACCUCAGAAUCUGAGGAUUUUGAGGAUCUGUUCGAAAAAGAGGACGACGAAGAAGGAGAAGAGGCCAUGCAGGAAAGGGAACCAAAAUAUGAAGACGCUGCAUACCAUGAAGAUGAAGAUGACAGCAGUGAUUCCGAGUUUCUGCCUCUGGCUUUCAGCCGAAAACGACCACUUCUGACAGACAAAAUCAGCUAUCCGUUCGAUCGACAGCAGAACAAACGAUACCGCAAAAAGCAGAAACACACAAAUAGCAGCAGCAGCAGCAGCAGCAAGAUCACGCGUCCCUCGACGACCACUACCACUUAUUUGGAUAACCAGAAUCAGAACAUGACUGUCUUUGAGUAUUUAACCCAAUCCGGCGUAGACUGGUGCCGCUAUUGCGGAACCACUGAAGGCGUGAAUUGGCGUCCUGGACCUUGGGGCAAAAGAACAUUGUGCAACAAGCAUGGGUGUGAUUACAAAGGUUACGGACUUGCCAGUCGAUUGCCAAGAUUAGAUUUAUCCGAAUAUGCUGAAGAACCAUUAGAAGAACGACGUCGACCUAUUGUGCAACAGUUUUGUGUCGCAUGCCAAGAACCCGAAUCUUCCAUUGAUAAUCCAUUGAUACCGUGUGACGGUGGUUGCUCGCGCGCGUAUCACCAUCACUGCCUAUCAGAAGAAUACAUACCAUCGAGUCAGCCGUGGUGUUGUAGCUCAUUAUGUCGAGAUAAUCGGAUGCGCAACAAAGUUGUGGUCGACCUCCCACGCAAACAUAUACCACUCAUGCGACCGCCACGAAUCAUGGGUCAUAAAGCAGAAAAGGACGACGAUGAUACAUAACACAACCCGCUUCAAGAGAAAAAAAAAUACCAUCAUAUAAUGUCAACGCCACCAAAAAAGAAAAAAGAAAAAAAGAAUAUGGUGCAUAUUCAAUUUGCAUAUUCAUCCAUUUUAUCAUACACCUGCACGUACAACCCGCACUCCAUAUACCAUUUGGCGAAGUAACUUUUUCCUUCGUCUUUUGUUUUCGUAUAGAACGUUGUUUUUAGUUGUAUUUUUUUUUGAGAAUCAAAUAGGUUGUUAUCAUUAUCAGCCACUCUUUUGGUCAAAUUUUGUCUUCCAAUAUUUUUUUUAUCAUUGUCAGAUUUGCGACUGGAACUUGAAAAAUAUUUAUGUUGCAACCGCCAUCCAGCGACAGUAAAGGGAAUGCUCAGUUCGGG